AGUAUUUUGAAGGGAGAGCUAAUGGCGUCGUCGGUGUCUUCACACUAAUUUGACAAGAUUUUUAAAGGGUUUUAAUGAGAAUUGAGAGUUUUUCUCUCUUCAGAAUUCUGAAAUAAAAGUGUUUUCCCCCUCUUUAUUUUAUUUUAUUUUUUUAUUGCAGCUUAGCAAAAGUUUCAGGCUAGCGACGCUAGCUAUUUAGCCGAGGGCUUCGCUGCUGGGCUGAAGGACUCGGCUAGCUCGAAUUGACGUCUAACACUAGAUAUUAAUAGCAGUUAUAAUGCUUUAUUCUCUUCUGUUCCGAUUUGGCAAACCCUCGUACUGUGUACAUAUAUUAAAUCGUGUCAAUGCCACUUAUCCUCUAUCGGCUUUGCAUCUGCAUAACCCUGGUUCAAUUCGGUUAAAUAAAUCUCCCAGGGCUCAGUGGGCUUGUGUGCUCCAUCACAAUGUUUUAACUCAAAUGAGAAAUGUUCAUAUUGGAGCUGAGUGCAGAAAUAAAGCUCAAGAUCAACACAGAAAAAAGGAGAUGUCAGUCUCCAUGAGUCAGCCCUCUUCAGGCAUCUCUGCUGCACAGAAAGUGAAGCAAGCUGGCAGAGAUUUCACAUAUCUGAUUGUGGUGCUUGUUGGACUUGGAGUUACAGGAGGACUUCUGUAUGUCAUCUUCCAAGAGCUGUUUUCAUCAUCAAGCCCGAGCAAAAUCUACGGCAAGGCCUUUAACAAAUGCAAGUUACACCCAGAGGUGAUUGGAGCUUUUGGUGAGCCCAUUAAAGGCUACGGAGAGACCACACGCCGCGGACGGAGACAGCAAGUUAGACAUAUUGAGUAUAUAAAGGAUGGACAGAAGCACAUGAGGCUGAAAUUCUAUAUCGAGGGUUCAGAACCUGGACUGCGUGGCACUGUGCACUCGGAGUCACAAGAGAAUCCUGAAAGUGGAAAAUAUGAAUUUCGCUAUAUAUUUGUGGAGGUGGAAACGUAUCCAAGAAGGACCAUCGUGAUCGAGGACAACAGAGAAAAUAAUUCUGGAGGAUUUGUAAAAGUGUGAAUCGAUUUCAGGUUAUUGACACAACUGCUUCACUUGCAGCAUUCGCCAAAGCAGCUAAAAGAUUAUUUUUUUAAUAAUGCUAAAAGACUGAAAAAAAAAUUAAAAAUGUUGUAUAGUUUCUCAUUCAGAUUCUAGAAUUCAACUGGUUUAGCUUCAUGUUGCUUCUGUGAUCUGAUCAUGGUCAGCUAUGUUUUAGCUGAUUUAGUUCUUCAGUCAAUUCAAUUAAAUGUAAGGAAUAAGUCAAAAUUUUGGUACACGGAGAACACGCUUUUGUAUAACAAAAUAAAAUCAUGGAUAGCACUUAUAUGACAGUUUGGCAAUAAAAUACUAUGUGCAUAUGUCCAUAUGAAGUCUGACUUGCUGUUAACAGAGCUUUGAUAUGAAAUAUUUCUUAAACCUCUAAAAAUCAGGAACUUUGAUUAUUAUUUUUUUUUAAUCCAACAGGGUAAAAAAAAAAAUGUAUUGCACAAUCAUUUCUCUGUUAUGAACAAUAAAGCAAGAAACUGAUGCA